GCACUAGAAGCAAUCGUCUACGAACAGGAUGUCUCCUCUCCGCAUAAUCGCACUAGUUUUGGUGUUCUGUUAUCUUGGGCAAUCGUGCGGGGAGAUGAAUUCUUCCAUCGAAUUGAAUGGAUUUGGCUAUGAAGUUACGUUAGCUGGAUUGGACUCCAUGAAUUACAACAUCCAAAAGGAUCAACUGAAAUCAAAGGAAUAUUUUGAAACGCUUCAGACGGAAAUUGAUGACAUCCGAAGGACUAUUCAGAACACUGAAACGUUGGUGUUAAGGCUUUCAAGUACUGUUUCAAAAUUGGAAUCAAACGUUGAAAUGAACUUGGACCUGAUGGCAAUAAACAUCACGAGACUUCUUUUCAGUACAGGUAGAAUUCAAGACACUCUACAGCUGCAGCCGAGUACUGAAACUAUGAAUGAUCUGGUGUUAAGAAUUGUUGCACAUAAUCUCCAGAAUAAAUCGGGAGCACCAGGUAAAUCUGCCUUUUUAAAUCUUCAACAAGUUCCUCAAACGUGCUCGGAUGUUACCUCUCGAAGGUCAGGUAUAUAUGAGCUCCGUCCACAGCCUGGCUUCGAGAAAUCUUUUGAGGCGUAUUGCGAUCUAGACUAUGAGGGUGGAAAAUGGACCGUUAUUCAGAAUCGAUACGACGGCACAGUCGAUUUCUAUCGCGGCUGGCAGGAAUACGAGGAUGGUUUCGGUAGUUUGGGAGAAGAAUUUUGGCUGGGACUGAAGAAAAUUCACGAACUGACCCACGCAAAACCUCACGAGCUGCACAUCGUUAUGGAAGAUUUCGAGGGCACAACAGCGGUGGCCAAGUAUAGCCAUUUCCAAGUUGGCGGUUUAGGUGAGAAGUAUGCUCUCAAAAAGUUGGGUAAAUUCAGUGGAGACGCCGGUGAUUCGUUGAGUUGGGCACUCAACGCCAAAUUCAGUACCCUGGAUGCUGAUCACGAUACUCACAAGGAUGGCAAUUGUGCCGUGGAUUAUAAUGGAGGCUGGUGGUAUAAGGCGUGUCACGAAAGCAACCUCAACGGCCUGUACAUGAAAGGCAAAGUGGAGAUUUUCGCUAAAAUGAUGUGUUGGAAAGCCUUCAAAGGGUACCACUAUGGUUUGAAAAGUGCAAGAAUGAUGAUUCGAGUUGUUUCAGUGUAAUUUGAACAUGAAUUGUGCUUUAAAAUGGGAUUUCGAAUCUUAUGUGUGACUGAAACCCUCUCAAA